AUGUCUUUCAAAGUUAUUAUUAUAGGGGGGAGUGUUGCGGGGUUAACACUGGCGAAUGUACUCCAGCGAUAUGGGAUUGAGUAUGUUUUGCUGGAGAAGUAUCGAUGCAUUGCACCUCAGUUGGGCGCAAGUCUUGGUCUUUUGCCGUAUGGCAGUCAGGUUCUUGAUCAAUUGGGCGUUAACGAGGCGGUUCAAGCUAUGUGCGAGAGGGUGGAAUCGAUGCAUUAUUAUAAUUCGGAUGGGGCGAAACUUGGUUGUCAUGAUACUUUUGGCGAGAUGCUUUUGAAGUUGACUGGAUACGAAUUCAACUUCCUGGAUCGUCAAGAGCUGGUUCAAGCUCUAUAUGACAAUCUCCAGGACAAGUCAAAGGUUCAUGUCUCCAAGGGACUGUCGAGCAUUGACCGAUUGGAUACCGGUGUAAUAGUCACCACCGAAGACGGCACCACCUUCACUGGUGACAUCCUCAUCGGCGCAGAUGGCAUCCACAGUCAGACAAGAAAAGAAAUGUGGAGGAUCGCAGACUCAGAGGUCCCAGACUACGGGACGCAGCAGAUGGCAAAAUGUGGCAAUUACCUGCUCGUACAAAUGCAUGUUCGGCAUCUCAGACCGCCCCGAAGGUGUCCCAGAUGGCCGCGGAUACAAAACCUACCACAAAAAGCCUAUCAAGCCGGUCGUGCAGGGAAGUUGUACUUCUUCGCAUUUUCCAAGAACCCUCAAGUCACCAUCGGCAAGGAUAUCCACCGGUAUACCGCUGAGGAUGAAAAGGCUUUUGUUGAUGCGCAGAGGGAUGAUGUUCUCUUUCCGGGCCUUACUUUUGGGGAUCUUUAUCAGAAACGUCGGGCUGCGGUUCUUGUUCCGCUGCAGGAGUAUGUGUUGGAGAAGUGCUUUUACAAGCGUGCUGUUUUGAUUGGUGAUUCAUUUCAUAAGAUGAAUCCCCUCACUGGCCAAGGUGGAAAUUCGGCCAUCGAAGACGCAGCACUACUUGGCGAUCUGCUAAAAGAAGCUCUGGACAAGAACCCCUGUCCAACAAAUGAGACAAUCCACGCACAAUUUACCUAUUUUCAAGAAGAGCGCAAACCUCGUACGAAGAUACUGGUCGACGGGGCGCAUUCGUUGCAAAGUCUCGAGGCCCUCGAGACCCCACUUCUGGAGUUCAUACAAACAAAAUUUAUAGCCAAAGGAGGGGUUGAUAAGGUGGCCUUUGCAAUGGCCGCAGCGCACUCUCCUGGACAUAUCUUGAAGUAUCUUCCGAGGCCGUCGAAGGAGGGAGUUGUGGCGCGGGAUAUUGAGGUGGUUGCGAGGCCGGGGCAGCGGUCAUCUGUCGCGACCGGGUUCUGGAUCAUGCUUUUGUUUCUUAUCGCCUGUUUGCCUCUGGGUAUUGGGCAGUCUGUCAGCAUGGGGUCUGUAACGGCCCUCCAUGAUUCUCUCUUGAACUACACCCUUGUCUUCACGAUGGGCAUUAAUGCACUGUGGACACUUGAGUCUCAUCGCCCGGGGCUCUCGGGAGGAUACCUGGGCAGUGCCAUCCCAUAUAUCCUCGCCUCCACAGCUUUCGGAUGGCACCUGAUCACACCAAUCUAUUUCGCCAUCUACAUCUACCUCAGCCAAUCCCGGCCUUUCUGUUAUCCCAACCCGCGAGCCAUUGACCUACGAGCUGCCGAAUACCUUCCCACGGGGCUGCUGGUGACGUACUUCGUGCCCGCCCUUUUCAUACUCAGAAAUGCAGCAGCGAUUGCAAUACCCGGAUGGAUCCUUUCUCUUGCUCAAUUGGGUCUACCGAUAUUAGUGUCGCUCGGGCAGACACUCUCAAAGAGGGUGCCACCUAGUUCUGAUUUCGCGGAGGCGCUGUAUGGCACCCGGGAUAUGCCGUAUAUUUCCCAGUUUUAUAAUUUCUCUUUUCUUAUCACAAGCACGUUGCAUAUCGUCAUCGCUAGCCGGAUCUUCCCAUGCAUUCAGGGUGUCGCCGUCGUUAUAGAAACGGCCUUCUCAUCCGAAGGAGCACAAUUGGGAUGUCUCAUCGGUGCAAUUCUGAUCUGGUCCGUUUUCACGGUAUGGGACUUGCGCCGGACGAACGUUCUUCAAACUCCUCUGUCUCUUGCCGUUCUUGCCGUCAUCUUGGGAAAUAUCUGUUUUGGACCAGCGGCUGCGUUGAUCGGAUUGUGGAAUUGGCGCGAGAGUGCACUGGAAAGGUCUCGUCGGAGGAAAUAG